AAAAUCCUUCUAUAAAUGUCACAUGUUUUUUCACCAAUUUUCUUCAUCCAAAAACAUCUACACAUAUUCAAGUAUUCAAUCCAUUGAUAUCAAAUUUUUUUCUUUCCAAAUUUCAUAUCUUGUUCUACGUAUAUACAAUGGCCAAAAAUGUUGCACAAUCUCCCUUAGAGAGGUCUAGCUUGGCCCCAUUUGAUCAAAGGCUAACAAUGGCUAAACGUUGCGCUCAUGAGGGUGUUCUUGCUGGUGCAAAGGCUGCUGUUGUUUCAGGUUUUGCUGCUGCCAUCCCAACUAUUGCAAGUGCUAGAAUGUUGCCAUGGGCAAAGGCCAAUCUCAAUCACACUGCUCAAGCUCUCAUAAUAUCAACUGUGGCUGGAGCAGCAUACUUCAUAGUAGCUGAUAAGACUGUUCUCAAGUCUGCACGUCGAAACUCUUUCAAUCAAGCUGGAAAUUCAAACAUUGGAGCAUAAAUUGUUCAAUAUUUCAAGCGUGUUUGAUGAUAAUUUUGUCAUUAAUGAUCAAUAUAUUGAAAAUGAUCAUGAUGGCCAGAUGAUGAUUGAUUAAUCAUUGGUUGAUCCGACUAUGCUAAAUGAAUUAUAAUGAUAACGUUAAGAUGCUAUCUAUAUUACCUUGUACGUAUGAUAUACCAUCUAUGUAAUAUUAAUGAUAAUAUAUUAAGAUGGAGUUAUCUCUCCUUCUUCUUA